AUGGAGAAUUGCACAAACUAUAUUCGUUAUGUUUGUUAUAAUGAUAAAAUUAUGGAUAAUAAAAAUAUUUCUUUGACGUUGUUCAUAUCAGCUAUAUUUUCAUCUUUUUUCUGUUGCACAAUCACGUCAGCUGCAACAACUUCUCCGGACGUUUCUAACAUCAUAAACGCAGAAGGAACACAUUUUGAUGGUGUUCAUUUCAACACAACAAUUACAAUUACUACUUCCACUACAUUGGAUUCACUUACGGGUCCAGCAACACUAAUCGUUUCUACGAAUACAACUAUCACGGAAGCUGCAGACGCAACUACUACAACUACUCAUGAAGCGGUUAAUACAGCUGACGUUAUCAUUAUUACUAGCACCAUUACUACAACUGCUGUUACUAAUACCGAUUUCUCAACUAUAACUACUUCAUCAUUAGUUAUAAAGUUUACGACGACUACUACCACCACUUCUACUACUACAACAACUACUACUACUACUACUACUACUACUACUACUACUACUAUUACUAUUACUAUUCUUACUACUACUAUUACUAUUGCUGAUACUACCAUUAGUGAUACAUAUACAUCUUAUGUCAGUGAAGCCACUACUGGCGCUUCUAAUUUUUUUACAACAUCGACAAUAACUGUUGUUUCGAACAAGCCAAGUACAACCAUUGAAAAUAAUACUCUUGAUUUGACAACAACCACAUUUGCUUCAAACGGACAUAAGUCAGUUUCCACUGCUAUUAAUUAUAUUACGCAUGCAUUUUAUCCUACUACAAUUACUGAUUUUGAUACUAAUCUUAUUGCUACUUUUUCGUCUGCAAAUAUUUUUACAAUUAUUACCACUACAAGUACCACUACUACUACUGCUACAACAACAACAACAACAACAACUUCUACUACUGCUACUACUACUACUGCUACUACUACUACUGCUGCUGCUACUACUACUACUACUACCACUACUGCUACUACUAUUACUAAUACUACUGCUACUUCUACAGAUACUACUUCUUCUUUGACUAUUACUUAUACUACAACAAACAAAGAUUUUUUUUCUAAUAAUCCAACCACCAGUGAAAAUAAAAUUUCUAACAAUGCCACUUCAGUUACCACAACGAAACUCUCAGCUACUGUUAUUACUGAUACAUCUUUUAAAAAUAUUUUUACUUUUGAAGAUCCGUUCAAUAAAACCACAACGAAUACUAACACCAAUCAUUUUAUUACCGCUGCAUUUACUACAGUAUCCAAAAAUGUAUUCACAGAUAGCGAAGCACCUAUAGAAAAUACUUUCAUGACAUCUUUACCAGCAGCUGCAGUUAGUAUUACUACUACAGUUACAAUUACUACUCCCGCUAUUGUUACUACUUCAACUGCUACAAAUUUUAUUACUACUACUAGUACUACCACUACUACUACUACUACUACUACUACUAUUACUACUAAUACUCUUAUUACUUCUAAUAUUAUUACUACUACUACUACUACUACUCUUGCUACUACUACUACAACUACUACUUCUGUUAAUACUUCAACUUCUGUUACCAUAGCGUCAGCUGGUAGUAGCAAUACUACAUUUGCAUAUCCUACUAGAAAUACUACGACAGCUUUCACCGAUUUUUCCGUUAUUUCAACAUAUACCACUCCUGUUACCACUACUACUUCUCAAAAUUUUUCAAACGUUGAUGUCGCCUUUACAAGCGCUUCAAUUUUUAUCACUACUAAUACUGUUGAUAACACAGUUAAAAGUAGUAUCAACCUACACAGUAUUAACCUUUUUUUCACAACUACUGUUUCCGCCCCAGACUUUGCGUACGGCACACAUUUUUCUACUCUCUUUACUGGUCCUACUACAGGUUUGUCUGUUACAACAAAUACUGUUGUGGCAGCUUCUACUACUGCUAAUAUUUUAACUACGGAUAUCAUUUUCAUCACCACAGCUACCACUACUAUAACUACUACUGCAGCUGCAAUUUUCACUGAGGUUAGAAACACUAGGACAGUCACUACUACUACUGCUACAACUACUACUAAUACUGUUACCGCCACUACUACUGAUAUUUUUACAUUGUUUACUACUGCUACUACUAUUACUUCUACUAGUGGUACUACAGCUGCCACUGCCAACCCUACUACAAAUAUAUUCAAUACUGCUAUUUUUACCAAUGGUGUUGCUACUGCUACUUCAGCCUUUGCAGGUACUACUACUGUUACUACUGUUUUUGAUACUAUUUAUACUAAUACUACUGCUAAUACCUAUGCCAUUACUACUACAUCCAUCCGAGGCGAGUUCUCUUUCGUCAUUUCUUCCCUAUCUACAACUAAUACUAACGACUAUACUGAUGACACCAUAAGUACCGCAAAUAAUACUGCAGUUACUAGUGGUUUUACUGCUAGUACUACUUACCUUAUAGAGAAUACUAUUUCAGUUACUACAAGCGCAAUUACCACCAUUUUCUCUACUGAUUUUUCUGAUUCUUUGAACUCUAAAUCAAAUGUUGUUGAUAAAUUUACGACAGCUACGACAACGCGCAAUUUUAUUGCGGAUGAAAUUUCUACAAAUGAUACUAAAUUUAUUGAUACUUCUACUACAAACACGAAACUUACUGACGCUGUUACUAGCGAUUAUGAAAGUACCACUGCUAAAAUUUAUGACAGUACCAGCAACAAUAGUCUUCUUGCAUUAAAUAAUUUCAUGACAACGAUGAAUUCAAUAACCUUCAUUCCAACUGUUUCAAAAGAUGAAAACUUACCAAUUUCAUCUACUACUACUACAAUUAGUUCUACAAUUAUAAGUAGUUUUAUUACUAAUUUAACUACUACUGUUGCUUCUAUUACCCCUAUUACUACAACAACUUAUUUUACUAAUUUUAUUACUACAACUACUGCUGCAAUUGUUACAACUGCAACUGUUACUACAACCAUAAUUAGUACUGCCAACAGUAAUACGACUAAUACUUCUGCUGCUGUUACUUCUAUUACUGUUACUAUUAUUGAUACUACUACCACUAUUACUGAUACAACUACAAAAAGUUUCACCGCGAACGUUGAUACACUUAAGAAUAAAAAUACAAGACAAGCGCUGUACCACAUAACUGACAGUAUCAAAGUUGAUGUUAUUGAUGUGAGAUACAACUUUAGCAGCGGACUAAGCAACUACAAAUUGCUGUCAGAUGUUUCUUCUUGUGUUGCUUGCUCUAUAAUGUGCCUGUUGGAAUUGAAGUUUGUUUGUAGGGGGUUUGAAUAUAACUACAAAUUCAAAAAAUGUAAAAUAUCGAGCGGUUUUGUGUCAGAUGAUUAUGAAACAGCAGAACAAAAUGUUGUUAGGUAUCGUCACAGAGAAGUUUGUCCUGAAAGUACAACCUACUUACCAUCAAUAAGAUCCUGUUUGACCUUAGUUACUGGGUCAAUGACCUGGUUUGAUGCCCGGGUCACGUGUAAUAGUAUGACAUUGAAUUUUCACCCUUUUGUUGUUAAUAAUGCAGAUGCUGCCAUGGCAUUGCACUCCUAUUUGGAAUCUCUUCCAGGCUGGUUUUAUUGA